AGUUCCAGAGCUCCGAGAACUUGAUGGCUCCAUCAUGCUGACAGUCUACAUGGUCGACUGCAGCUAUGUCAGUCCCAAUGUCAGUGUCCAAACGAAUGUCAGUGUCAAUACUAAUGUCAGUUACAAUAAAUAUACGACCUAUGCGUUAAUAGAGAAAACCAGUUGUCCGCCCAUCGUCAAGCCACUGCAAUGUAAGUUGAUGGAGCGCUUUUAUGAUCUCAUGGAGCGCUUUUAUGAUCUCAUGGAGCGCUUUUAUGAUCUCAUUGAAUGCUUGCACAAACUCAUAGAACGCGUGUAUGAAAUCAUAGAACGCUUGUAUGAACUCAUAGAACGCUUGCACGAACUCAUAGAACGCUUGUAUGAACUCAUAGAACGCUUGUAUGAACUCAUAGAACGCUUGUAUGAACUCAUAGAACGCUUGUAUGAACUCAUAGAACGCUUGUAUGAACUCAUAGAACGCGUGUAUGAACUCAUAGAACGCUUGUAUGAACUCAUAGAACGCGUGUAUGAACUCAUAGAACGCUUGUAUGAACUCAUAGAACGCGUGUAUGAACUCAUAGAACGCGUGUAUGAACUCAUAGAACGCGUGUAUGAACUCAUAGAACGCUUGUAUGAACUCAUAGAACGCGUGUAUGAACUCAUAGAACGCGUGUAUGAACUCAUAGAACGCUUGUAUGAACUCAUAGAACGCGUGUAUGAACUCAUAGAACGCUUGUAUGAACUCAUAGAACGCGUGUAUGAACUCAUAGAACGCUUGUAUGAACUCAUAGAACGCUUGUAUCAACUCAUAGAACGCUUGUAUGAACUCAUAGAACGCUUGUAUGAACUCAUAGAACGCUUGUAUGAACUCAUAGAACGCUUGUAUGAACUCAUAGAACGCUUGUAUGAACUCAUAGAGCGCGUGUAUGAACUCAUAGAACGCUUGUAUGAACUCAUAGAACGCUUGUAUGAACUCAUAGAACGCUUGUAUGAACUCAUAGAACUCUUUUAUGAACUCAUAGAGCGCUUGUAAGAACUCGUAGAACGCUUGUAAGAACUCACAGAGCGCUUGUAUGAAUUCAUAGAACGCUUGUAUAAACUCAUAGAACGCGUGUAUGAGCUCAUAGAACGCGUGUAUGAGCUCAUAGAACGCGUGUAUGAACUCAUAAAACGCUUGAAAGAACUCAUAGAACGCUUGUAAGAACUUAUAAAACGCGUGUAUCAACUCUAAGAUUGCUUGCAUGAACUCACAGAUCGAUUUUUUCUUGCAGUAAAAGACAUUUCUAACAUUGUAAUGCUGAUCAUUGGCGGAUGUAUGACGACUGCCUUGCUGUUAAACUUUGCCUGCUACUGCAAGUAUAGGAAGAGACGAGACUCGGAAACACCCGAAGGUACGCUUGACUGGGCCCCCCAUCCCCAGGGGGGAGGUGUGAGUGAAACAUAAAUAACGUUUAUUUCUUGAUGACUUUUCAUGUUAAAAAUUCCGAUGAUAUUGGAAAAGGUGAGAUCUGAUUAUUUCUAAUCGUAAAUAGCAAGGUCUUUUAUGAAAUUUGUCCAUCGAGGCGACUUUUUUUGUCCAGUUCCGGAAUUGAAACAUAAUACUUAAAAAUCGAUUUUGAAGACGACAAUUUCCACUCCCAACAUUAAAAUGGAAUGGAAAUGUUUGGAAUCAAAUUUCAGAUAUCCAUAAAAUUCGGAAGCUCUCUUAGGACGUCAUAUCCGGAUGAAAUGUAGCUUUUUAAAUUUUAAAUGACAUUUAUAGACGUCGUGAUGUAAACAAUUACUAGAAGUGACCGUUUUAAACCGCCUGAAGUUAUAGCAAACUAUUUUCGCUCAUCAUCUCAGCUUUCUCUUUUAGUGUUAUGGGUACCUCGUUCUUAAGCCAUAAAAGCCAUAUUUGGUCUUCCAACCUACAUCUACAUCCAUUAUAGCUGCAGUUUUGUCGUAUAUUAGGAUUAAAUCUAAUAACAUUACAGCUGUAGUGUUGUCUUAAAUCAGGCUUACAUCUAAAUCCAAAAUAUAGCUGCAGUACCCUACAUCUACGUACACAUUCACUAUAGCGGCUGUCGUGUGCUUGUAAAAUUUAUUGAGAUUAACAAGGGAGAAGAUUUAUGAUAGCAAAAGUCUAUGGUCAGAAGUGACAAAGUUCAAAAUUAAAAUAAGUUGUUUUUUUGUUUUGUUUUUUUUUGGUUUUUUUUUUGUUGUUGCUGUUUUUAAAAACUAUUUAAGCUUUGAAUAGCCCAGAGUUGAAACAUAUGUGUUUUGACUCAGCAGUGGCCUCACUGGGGUUGGUGUCACUCAGUGCUGUAAACUCCUGGUGUCACCCCCCAGAUUUCUUCAUGGACUUCCUCCAAGUCUACCUGCUCCAGCGACACCUCGAUUGGUGACACCUUGUUCUUUUGGCACUGUGUUCUUCUGGCACUUUGUUCUAGUGACACUCUGUUCGAGUGGCACUUUGUUCUAGUGGCAGUUUGUUCUAGAGGCAGUUUGUUCUAGUGGCAGUUUGUUCUAUUGGCACUCUGUUCUAGUGGCACUCUGUUAAAGUGGUUCCUUAUUCUGAUAUCAGGAUAUUGGAUUUAACUGAGUUGUGUUAUGAAACCAACUCUUGCACACCUUGUCAAUGCAUUGUACUGUGCUCUAUUAUUGUCAGAAUCCCCCCCUCCACCCCUUCAGACAAAUUAGUGGUCGGCUCAUUAAACUAUGUUCAGAGCAGCUCUCCUACAUUUUUUGUUACAUCUUUAAUAAAUCUUAUGUAACUCACACAAUGACAGCCAUUUGGAAAACUUCAGAAAUUAUACCAAUUCCAAAGAAAAUUAAAGUAACGUGCAGCAAUGACUUACGACCUGUUGCACUUAAUUAAAUAAUUCUGAAAGUAAUUUUGAAUGAAGUACAGCAAAAAUUUGACCCCCACCAAUUUGCUUACAAACCUGCCAGAGGUACGGAGGACGAAAUCUUACUAUUGUUGGAGAGACUUUACCAUCACCUAGACAGUCCUAAAACAUAUUCCAGAGUGUUUUUCUUAGACCUCUCAUCAGCAUUUAACACUAUCCAACAACACCUUAUGAAAAAGAAACUUUCCUCGUUAGGUGUCAAUUUAAAUAUACAGGCUUGGAUACUGAACUUUUUAACAAAUCGACCACAAUAUGUCAAAGUAAAUAACCAAUUAUCUCUAACCAGAGAAAUAAGCACCGGGGCACCACAAGGCUGCGUUCUCUCUCCUGUACUUUAUACCAUAUAUACAAAUGAUAUUCAUUGCUCAAGAGACACCGUUCCAAUCUUAAAAUUUGCUGAUGAUACCAUCAUCGUUGGCUUAAUAUCUGAAGGUGAAGGCCCUUACAACACCUUAUUUACGAGCUUUAUCAAUUGGUGCGAUCAAAAGUUUCUCCAGCUGAAUUUCUCAAAAACAAAAGAAAUGGUUCAUGAUUUCAGGAGUGGGAAACACCAGAUUACUGAUCUCAACAUAAAAAAUCAAAAUGUGGAGAAAGUGGAGGGAUACAAAUACUUAGGUGUCACCAUUAAUAAUAAGCUAACAUGGCAUGAGCACGGUCAAAUGCUGUAUACGAAAUUCAACCAAAGACUGUUCUACCUAAAAAAAACUGUACAAUUUCGGUGUAAACAAGCAAGUCGUUAACUUAUUCUACAGUGCAAUAAUUGGAAGCCUGCUUAAUGUCAGUAUCACCUGCUGGUGUGGGAAUUCAACGUCUGAUAUUAAACACCACAUAAACCGACUAAUCAAGAAAGCUAGGAACAUAACACAAACUAAACAUCCUUCACUUGAAGAACUAUUUGAAGAAAGAUGUUUUUGCAAAACUAAACACAGUUUGGAUGAUACAUCACACCCCUCUUCAUCACAUAUACUUAGGAUCGGGCCGUUCGGGACGAAUUCUUUCCAUCAGGGCGAGGACUGACAGAUAUAAAAAAUUCUUUUGUUCCCCAAUCUGUACGAGUUUACCGACGUGCUCCCUCUGAAGUCACACAUCUGAAUGAGAACUAAUAAGUCCCCAACUUUGCUAAGAGAACUCACUAAAUGGCUGUUUGAAAUAAUUCAUUUAUUAUAAAUGUCUUGUGUUCAAAUUGUUUUAUUUAUGUGCUGAAAAUGUAUAAUGCAAUCAAAAAACAUUUCCAUUCGUUUGGAUCAAUAAAAUAAUCUUAUCUUAUCUUUUCUUAUCUUAUCUUUCCCGUUAGGUUGCCACCUAAUAUGAUCCACGACCCCACAAUCCUUACUUACACUUAAUUAAUUUUUAAUGAAUAGUUAAUAAAACAUAAAGGCGGAAAGCUAUGAUUGGGCCUUUCUGUUAUCGACCAUGUUCUUCUAGAUCAAUUCUUUGACAAAGAUCUUGCAUGAUCCGCAUUGUAGGAGAAUUGAAACGUCUGUUUGUCGUCUGUCUGUCGUUCGCCAUUCGUUUCCCCGUCUUUUUUUUGUCUAUUGUUUGUCUGUCGUUUCUCUGUCGUCCGUCUCCAACAAUAUUAACAUUUUUUUUUUUUAAAGUACUAAAUCCAUUUUCUCCCAUCGCAGAAUUGAGCCAGUCCAGCUCACAAGAGACGCCCAAAAAUUCACCCAAAAAAGAGGGCAGCACCGUCAGUGUUCAGUCAACGAGAUCCCAGACCACGCAAGCCAAGACCGCCAAGACUGUCAAGAGUCCCAAGGGGGUAACAACCCUGUUUACCAAAUACAAAGAGUCGAACGCCGAUUCAUCAGCUUACAGUGUCACGUUAUAAAUUACAAUAUGAAAUAAAUCAUAUUCCGG